CCCUCUGUUUUCCCCUCCAUAUUCCAAGUAUAUGUCUCCUUAUGAAUAUGCUGCACUUCUCAUGACAUACAUCUUGUUCUUGCAUUCUCAAGGGACACCAUUUAACCGGCGGUCACAAUCAAAGUACAAUCAGCACAAACCGUUCGGCAGACAUUGACUCGAAUCUAGGUUGUGCCUUUAGAUUUCUAGAAAAUGAACAGCUAAGGAAGAGUCGUUCACUUCUCUCAUUGCCUUCUCAAACCCAGCCUGGUCUGCUUGGUCUGUUUCGUAAGCCUUCCCGGAAGUAUUGCAAUGUUGCGCCUCUGUGUUUAGAAACUCUGUGACUUUACUGUCUUUGACGUUAGUGCUGCUGUGCUAGCGGAACUAAUCUUUGUCUUUCAGCUGAGCGCGUGGAAGUUUGCGCGAUUCCAUUCGUUUAUAGGGGUACAACAUUUAUCUCCAGUAGUAGCCAAUGUUUUUUCUCCGUCUGUGUACUUGUAUGUACGUAAUCAUUUAUGCGUUUUAAAUUUUAACUCAAGCAAAUAACAUGUGUAUGUGAAUCCGCAACUACAGAUUGAACGAAGAGUUUUGAUGUGUCAGUGUGACACCCAUAUUUCGCGCAGGUGGAGGCGUUGGGUUUGUUUCUAUUGCUGUUUCAUUCCUUUCUGAAGGAGAGUGAGAUCGACUGAGCAGCAGUGGAUGUCAGUUUGGGUGCCGUGCAUGCUUGUGAGUGAGGCUGUUUGAAAUUAUUAAUUUGAUCUGGUGCGGUUCUUUUAUUAUUUUGGAAAAUAUCAGACAGGGUUGCGUUUAAAGCAAAAUGAUUUAAAGUAACAUUUUAAGGAGAUUUGGUAUGGUAAGUUGAUCUCCUUCUCUUUCUUACGGAGAAGGCAGAUGGCUAUGUUUUAAGUCCAGCUGGCCAGCAAGGCAACUAACGUUAGCUAGCUAUCGAAUUAGACAGCUAACGUUGUCAGUUUUGCAAUAGAAAUAUUAGCUGACAAGCGAAACGAAAUUCAGAAAUAGCCAGGUAACAAACGUGAGUUAAAUAAGUUGUAUGGCAAAAGCAUCUUAUCUCACUUAUUUUUAUAGACAUGUCGAUUCUUAGCCGGGGGUCAUUAUUGGACAUAUAAAUGAGCUCCCCUACUAAGCGUAGCUAGCUAUAGUGCUAGCUUAUGACAUUAAUUCGGCCAGUGUCCAAAGGAGGACAGGUCAAAAUACUGCAGUUGCUGUGUUGAGCGACUCCAUCGUUGUAGAAGACAAUGAGACUGUAACCAUGCUGCUAAAAAAAACAAAGCUCAAUCUUUUUGCUUUACCACGUAUGCGAUUCAAAAGCCAUAGAAUUGACAGUGGUUCAAAUUUCCUAGCUAACAAGUGGUAAAAUCCUAACUUCCAGCGACCACAGUUUAUCCUUGCUGGCUAUUGCUCACCAAGAGAUGAAUGCCAAAGAUGUCUGGUUUACUACUUAAACCCUUUAUCAGAUUUACUUUGAUGUAUAUAUUUUUGCACAACGUUACACACGUGUGAAUUGCUGCUGUCUGUGUAUUAGAUUGCUCCACAGUGGCGAUGUCUGUGUUUUGUCAUUACAGAAAGAUCAAAGAAUAGUGGCCAAGAUUCUGAAGGGGGUGUCAUUGAACUGACAGUCAAGAACCAAACCCUGAUGUGAUCUCUCAGUCCAGAACAGUGUAUUGAAAAGUAUAGCCAGGUGCAUACUGCUCCCAAGCAGUGUGCAGUCAGAUGUAUCUCAACCUCUAUGUUUGCAAAUGGCUUGCUGUCUGAAGGAUGAGCUUUUGUGUUCCAUUUGCCUGAGUAUCUAUCAGGACCCUGUCAGUUUUGGCUGUGAGCACUAUUUCUGCCGUAAGUGUAUAACUGAGCACUGGAGCAGGCAGGAGCCCCACGGGGCCCGAGACUGUCCUGAGUGUAGGAGGACCUUCGCAGACCCUCUUCUCUCCCCAAGCCUCAAGCUGUCCAACAUCGUGGAGCGCUACUCAGCCUUCCCGCUGGAUGCCAUCCUCAAUGCGCAGAGGAGCUCCUAUCCGUGCAAGGACCAUGAGAAGGUCAAGCUCUUCUGCCUCAGCGACAAGAGCCUGGUAUGCUUCUUCUGUGAUGAGCCAGCCUUACACGAGCAACACCAGGUCACCACUGUUGACGAGGCCUACGAGGAGAUACAGAGGGAGAUGAAGGAGCAGCUGGCCACUCUGCAGGACAGUGAGAAGGGACACACAGAGGCCCUGCAGCUACUGCAGAGACAACUCACUGAGACCAAGUCGUCGGCCAAGGGCCUUCGUGCGACCAUCGGCGAGGUGUUUGAGCAUCUGCAGCGAUUUCUGCGCGAGCGCCAGAAGGCCAUGUUGGAGGAGCUGGAGACUGAUACAGCGCGCACGCUCUCCGACAUCGAGCACAAGAUCCAGCGUUUCAGCCAGCAGCUGUGUGACGUCAAGGAGGGCAUCGGCAUCCUGCAGGAGCGCCUCAACGAGCCAGGCCGCCAUGAAUUCCUGGAGGGCGUUGCCCUCACCUCCGAGAGGAUAAAAGGAAAGAUACAUGAGACCAAUUUAACAUAUGAAGAUUUCCCGACCUCCAAGUACAUGGGGCCCCUGCAGUACACAAUAUGGAAGUCUCUAUUUCAGGAUAUUUCACCAGUGCCAGCAGCUUUGACCUUAGACCCUGUCACAGCCCACCAGAGGCUCAUCCUAUCAGAUGACUGCACCAUUGUAGCCUAUGGUAACCUGCACCCCCAGCCGCUGCAGGACUCCCCGCGACGCUUCGACGUGGAGGUGUCUGUGCUGGGGGCCGAGGGCUUCGGCUCCGGGGUGCACUACUGGGAGGUGAUGGUGUCAGAGAAGACCCAGUGGAUGAUCGGCGUGGCCAACGAGACUGUCAGCCGCAAGGGCAGCAUCCAGAUCCAACCCAGCCGCGGCUUCUACUGCAUUGUCAUGCACGACGGCAACCAGUACAGCGCCUGCACCGAGCCCUGGACCCGCCUCAACGUCAAGAGCAAGCUGGAGAAGGUGGGUGUGUACCUGGACUACCCCAAGGGCCUGCUGGUGUUCUACAAUGCUGACGACAUGUCCUGGCUGUACACCUACAGGGAGAAAACUUUCCCGGCCAAGCUCUGCCCCUACUUCAGCCCCGGGCAGAGCCACGCCAAUGGCAAGAAUGUCCAGCCGCUGAGAAUCAACACCGUGCGUCUAUAAGAGCUACACACAGUGUCACUAGACAGAUCAGAUCACUCACCUCAACCCUAACCUGACAAUAGGAUGAUGAUGAUGAUGAUAUAACUACGAUCCUAAAGACAACUAGUUUUAAAAUGAAGGAAUAUGAGAAAAAGAACAGGGUGUAUGACUUUGGAAUGUUUUUCUGUCUGGUUUGCGGGUGACAGGAAGUCUGUGUGUCCUGCUCUUUUUGCCUGUCGGUGUGGGUCCUCACUAUUCUCACCUGGGAAAGACUAUUGGAACGCUGCUCCAGCAGCAUCGCUCCAACUGAGCCCUGGUUAGCUUCUUCACUGGUGUAAGGAGAGACUGUCUGCAUAAUGUCAUCCCACAAUGGUUUAGUGGGGGGGAUCUCUGUGUGCUGUUGCUGUCUGAGGACCACCUUGCACAAGCCCAAGGGCUCUGACACCCCUAUGGUCCUUUUUCUUUGGCAUAGUUAGCUGUUGUGAGUGAACGCCCGUCGUGGUGGCAGUGAGUGCUGUUCCAUGUCCCUCCAUGUACCUGUACCCUUUACUGAUGAUGUCGCAGCUCUUGAUUAUUUUCCCUCGGGUGCACUUUUCCAUCGUUAACAAUGUCGGUCAGUCCAAGACGUGCUGGAACGGAAGAAUCAUGGUCCAUGUGGUCUAGUGAUCGUCACUGUAGUAGUGUUUGCUGUCCUCAACGCUCCCUCCUUUCCCCACCGAGUCUGUUGGUUUAUUCACCUCCAGCACGCUAACGCUCUACUCCAGCUGUCCUGUACCUGUGGUCAUUUAUUCACUUAGUGUUAACACUCGUACAUUCCUGAUUCCAUCUCCCUGCCUCCUCCCUUCCAUGACAUCUCGUCAUCGCAUUGUAGGUGUCAGAGGUCAAUAUCAAUAAAUGAAUCUUGACAUCUGCUGAUUUACACUUGGCCUAUGGGGCAGAUGCCACUUACGACUCGAGCAGCAUGACGCUGCAAUUAAUGAGCUCUAGAAUGUUUUUAAUCAGUCAUUCUGUCUCUUUCAUUUUUUUCUUCAAAUAUGUUGAAACUAGUAAAUGCUAUGGAUACAAUGUUUUUUAAUAUAUUUAUAGAUUGUCUAAAUAGUUUAAUGACUUUAAGGAUAUACAAAUGGCCAAGGAGAACAAUAUUACAGUACAUUAUUAUACUGCCCUGGUCUGUUGGGAUUCUUUUAACAUCCAUUUAGUUCCAUAAGGCUGUUGCAGCGUAAACAGAAUACACUAUGUUUUGAGGCUCAGUUCAUGUUGGCUCCUACCCCAUAUGCCUCAAGUGCUCUUAUGAUCCCCUGAUUUAAGGCCAGUCCUGCAGAUUGUUAAGGGACGAGCUUUUGUAUUAUACAAAGUCCAGCACGGAGAGAGCCAGGGGGGUGAGUGUGUGUGUUUGUCUGUAUGUUAGUAAAUCAAAUGUAUUUAUAUAGCCCUUCGUACAUCAGCUGAUAUCUCAAAGUGCUGUACAGUAUGUGUGCAUGUUGGUGGAAAUGUAUGUUCUGGCCUUGUCUGUGAGGUGAUAAAAUAUCACAUCUGUUCCCCCGCCUCGUGUGUUUGUUCACUUUGAAGAACUGGGGCAGUUCACUACUUUGUUGGUAUGUUCUGAAGAGUACAGUAUGAGCAGUAUGAUGCAGAACCAUAUUUGAAGCAAGACUGCUGUCCUGUGAUAUGGACACCAAGCAGGAGAUGAUUAUUGUGGGGUGGUGGGGGUCAUAAUAAUGACCAUUUAUAAGAAUACUUUUUAAUGAGGAUUGUGUCUUUUGGAUGAUGGCCGCUGUGCACCCAUUGUUGUGCGAACAUACUCUGGUGUGCUUCUGCUGCUAGAGGUCCAUGACAAAUGUUUUCAUGUACAAUUAAAGACAGGUAAAACCAA